AUGUCCAACGCAGCUGGCGCAAAGGGCCGCUUGAUGAGCGAGUACAAGUCAUUGGAGAAGGAGAAGUGGGUCAAGAUCGAUCUGAAGGACGGUUCCCUGUUCAAGUGGAACGUGAACUUGAUUGUCGUUAACUCUGAGAGUGCUUUCGAUGGUGCAUACCUCAAGUGUGAGAUGAGCUUCACAGAGAACUACCCUUACUCCCCACCAAAAUUCAAGUUCCUCCAACCCAUCUACCACCCCAACAUCUACCCCGAUGGCAAGGUCUGCAUCUCGAUCCUGCACGCGCCUGGCGAGGACGAGCAAUCCGGAGAGCUGGCCAGCGAGCGGUGGUCUUCGAUCCAAAGUGUUGAGAGCGUCCUCCGAUCCAUCCUGCUCCUUCUCGACGAUCCCGAGAUUAGCUCCCCUGCCAAUGUGGAUGCCGGCGUUCUGUACCGAGACAACAGAGAAGAGUACAAUAGAAAGGCCAAGGACACUGUCACCGCAUCCAAGAAGGAUAUACCCGAGGGCUUCGUUAUGCCAACUACCCUGAUUGUGGCUCCUCCUCCUAAGAUAGUCGAGGACGACGACUUCUGGAAUGAGAGUGGGGACGAGGACGACUUUGGCGCUAGCGAUAGUUCCGGCGAGGAUAUCGAUAUGGAUGAGGAUGAGGAGGAGGAGGAGGAGCUUUGA